AUGGCUGAACUCUGGUACUGCUGCCACUGCGCUUUUGGUCCCCACAACUCUUCCCUCUACGUCGCCUGUAUAAGCUGCAACCGACCACGCUGCUCACGCUGCAAAUCAGAGAAGGCCGUAGACAGCCUUCACGCCCACGGUCACUCUCACUCCAACUACCACAGCCACGAGACCUCGCCUUACCCAUCGGCCGUCAACAUGAGCACCACUUACUCCUCGUCUUUUGGCUCAAAUUCAAUGCUGCCCGCCGGUACAGAUCUACCUCAGAUCCGGUCAUUGCGGCCAGGUCUUGCUACAGACCCACAACCUUUUCCAUUUGGUGAAUCGCGAGUGACAACACGCGGCCCAACAUACAUGUACAUCUGCUGCGGAUGUGGAGAUGGACCCAAGGUCUACAAUGUACAACCGAGAUGUACUGAAUGCCAACACAGUGCCUGCGGGGGCUGCACUUACGUCAAAUGA